CGGGUUACUCCCAUUCUCUCCCUCCCUUUCCCGCACUCGAACUCGCCGGAAAAUGUCGCUCCGAUUCACCGCCGCUCCGCUCCGAUUCGAUCCCGAACGGGCGUCGUCGACCGCCGCGAGGCCCAACCCGCGUCCGCUUCCUCUUCUUCGCAAAUCCCAAGCCGGACUCGAUCGGGAGCUCUCUCGCCGGCGGCUCUUCAUCCUCGGCGCCGGCUACGUCGGCCGGUCCUUCGCGCUGCAUAUGAAGGACCGGGGAUGGGCUGUUUCGGGGUCUUGCCGGAGCCUGGAGAAGAAGAUGCAGCUUGAGGAGGAGGGUUUGGAUGCACACGUUCUGGACGCGAAUGUACCAGAGUUGAGUACUCUGGACAUUUUGAAAGAUUAUACCCACCUACUUGUUUCUAUACCCCCUGUGAGGGGCGUUGGCGAUCCGAUGCUACAACACCGAGAAUUUCUCGAGCGCGUGCUGAGAGAUGGAAAUCUGCAAUGGCUCUGUUAUUUGUCAUCUACAGGUGUGUAUGGAGAUUGUGGUGGUGAAUGGGUGAAUGAAGAUUAUCCAGUAAAUCCUUCAACUGAGUUGGCUAGAUUGAGGUUACGUGCUGAGGAGGAAUGGCUAGAUGUAGGCCACAAUCUUGGAAUUUCUUCCUUGGUGCUCCGACUUGGAGGCAUAUAUGGCCCUGGAAGAAGUGCCCUUGAUACAAUAAUUAGCAAAAAACCUUUGUCGGACAGUCAGAAGACGAGAAUAUCAAGGCAAUACACAUCCAGAGUUCAUGUUGAUGACAUUUGUCAAGCACUCAGAGCUGGUAUUUAUGUGCCAUUUUCGAGCAAUAUAUACAAUGUUGUCGAUGAUGAUCCAGCACCAAGGGAAGAAGUAUUCAAGUAUGCAGAGGACUUGGUUGGGAAAAGGUUUUCUGGCUGGUUUCAAGAUGACAAAUAUCCUAAACGAACAGAGUCAACAAUACAGAAAGUGAGUAGAAGGGAUGAGAAGCGAGUUCUGAAUACUCGUUUGAAACAGGAGCUAGGAAUUAAGCUGCUUCAUCCAAGUUAUAAAUCAGGGCUUCAGAGCAUUAUCGAGCAGAUUGACGUGGAUUAUGGGUAGUUAGCUAGGUGAACCAGUCACAAACUUUUCAGGCAUUUGACAACCUCAACAGCUUGAUGUUCUUGUUGUCAUUCCAUAGAUCUCCCUAUGGGGAUUUUUAUGAAUGUGGAGCGCUGCUGCAGGAUUGGCCACCAAGCAUUGCGGUUUUUUCACAAAGGGAGACUCAUAUCAUCACUCUGAUGCCAUCCUGUGCAGUUGACUGAGGCAUCUUAAUCUUCAGAGACAACGCUUCAUCCAUAGCAAUGUGGUUUAAACAUGGUGUAUAUGCCACGUGGUUGCUACUCUCUAAAGCCAAAAGAGGAAAUAUCUUUUGUUAAGUGCUGAAGCGAGUAAAUGAUCCAGAUGGUUAUGCAUCAACUGUACCUCGAAAUGUCAAUUUAAAGCAACCAAAAACUUUUGGUAACAAGAGUCCUGAUUACCAUAUAUUGAUACAAGAACUUUUACUGAUAGCUUUGCGGAGGCUGUCGCCGAAAGAUGUGAGAAUAGCAUCUUAUGGAAUUUUGCAGAUUUUAUAAAGCAUCAUGUUUAAAGGUUCUUGAUGUCGGUGAGUUAGAGAGGCUGCAGUCUCAAUUUGUGGUAACAAUAUGCAAUAUGGAAACAAUAAUUCCACCAGGUUUCUUUACCGCUAUGGUUCAUUUAGUUAUUAAUUCAGCAGCAGAGGCAAACGUGGCCGGACAUGUGCAUUGCCAAUGGAUGUUAUUACCUGAAAGGUGAAAUGUUUUAAUCUUGAGAUUACUUUAUUUUUGUUUAUACACUAAACAUGAACUAUAUCGUGUGUCCAUCGGUCCUUCUAUAUGUCAAAAUCUUAUGUUCGAACUAGAGGACAUCCCAAAGGUUCCAUUGCAGAAGGGUAUCUUACGGAAGAAAGUGUCGCAUUUUGUUCGAGAUACUUCAAUAACCCUUAUUCAAUAGGGAGUAGUCAAUCCGAUAGAAAUCUUGAUAGUAGGAUAGUCUUGAAAAGGCUAUUUCAAUAUUUUUGUUUGUUAUUUGACGCCUGUCUUUGACUGUGCACACUGACUUUGAAUCUGAGAUCAAGAGAAAAAAUCGUCCUCAUCAGCUAUCUAGAAGAGAGUUGGACAGAUGAAAUGGAGGUUUCCAAACUUGAUUUAUAUCUCGUGUACACGUUGCUUCUUUGGAGAGCAACGAAAACACAAAUUGAUGAAAUUAGACGGCUAGCUCAAGGACCAGAUACUGUGGGGGAGACGAUUCAAGGGGUAUGCCGUAGAUGGCAUCCGAUUUCAAACAAGAGAUCACGAGAAGAGUAGACCGGCUAAAAUAGUGGACUUAUCAUCAUCAAGUCAAAGAUUUCAAGCUGCGCAGUGCGAUGGACCAACACCCAAUUAUGGGUGAUCUCACGUGCUACGGUUGGAACUUGAGUGAUGAUCCAUGUGUGUUGGUCUCUCAGGUUCAACAAAGUGUUUUAUGUGCAAGAUAUGUGGGACAAAUAUCGGUGGGUUGCUGUCAAGACUCUUGCUAGAUACCUUCUUACAUAGGCGACGAUCCCUUCGCCAAAGAUAACAGCAGAAUGAUCGGAGAUGAAUUCCUUGAUUCAGUUGAGGACAAUCUCAAUUGGGUUUGGAGAUUAUGCUAAUGGAAAUGCUGAUUGACAAGCCACACAUGCUUCAACCCAUGGAGACAAUCGAAAGUCCAGUCUUGAGUUUGAAUAUGAUGAUACUUGAAGCUAACUUGGUCAUUAGAUAACUUAGAAUAGCUUUUAUGUUUGGGUCUUUCUUAGACAACCUUCUUGACAAUUUCUUUUAAUAUUUCAUAUUCAAUUUGUUGCAUUGAA